CUAAACCAACAAUCACUGAUUAGUGGUUGCUGGCUGCAGUUUAGAGGAGCAGACAGUCAGAGGUGGUGAGCGGGUGUGGCAGAAAUAUUACUGCUAAAAACUGGUGACUGAAUUUGGAUACAUUUGGAAAUCCAAGAGGUGUGAGAUGAAACUACAGGCCGUACUCUGCCUCUUGCUGCUGCUCGUUUUCGAGCUUUCUUCAUGCAGACAUUUCGAGGUGAUACCUGGUUCUAAUCUGGAGCUGCCCUGUCUCUCAUUUCAAGAUGUCUACACUGGAGGGACCAUCACCUGGAAAUUCAAUGGUGAAGAUCUAAGUCUCAGCGCUCAGUCGCCUGACUCGCCAAGAAUGAAAAAGGGUGGCAUGGUUCUCUCUGUAUCCCCUGUUACUGCCGCCAGCCAGGGCGAGUACAGUUGUACGAUAGAGGAGAACAAUCUGGAGAUGUCAAGUACAUACACCAUUGAAGUUGUACACAUGAUCUAUACCAUGAAGGUGACCCAAGGCUCCACAGCUCAACUCCAGUGCCAUUUCCCAACUUCCAGCCAAGUCACAGCCAAUGCACUUUGGUUCAAAGUGGACAAUAAUGGCACGAGGACACAGCUGGACACUGAAGACGAGUCAAGUGAUAACAGAGUGAACCUGCUUUAUCCACUCGACCAUGAUCAGACCAUCACGAUCAAAAACAUUGUCAUGGAGGAUUCUGGAAAUUACUUGUGUGAAUCUGCUGGGGGGCAAACACUGAGCUCAGUAUAUAUCAUUGUUCAAGUUGCUCCUACUCCUGUCCCUCACUCGUGCCUUGGCUUCACCGCAGCAUGGGAGCCCUGCCAGGAUGAGAACAGUCGCACAGGGGAACCCAUUUUGCAGGAGUCCAUCACAGAGUUUUCAAUGAAGCUGUAUUCUUACCUCAGAGAAUCACAACCCUCCAGCAAUCUACUCUUCUCUCCUAUCAGUAUCAGCGGGGUGCUGUCCCAUUUGUUGCUAGGUGCCAGGGAUAACACCCGUAGAGCCAUUGAGACGGCUGUCAGUGUGCCUCAUGACUUCCACUGUGUUCACCUCCAGAUGAAGAAGCUUAGAGAGAAGUUGGCCGGCUCCUUGCAGAUGGCUUCUCAGAUCUACUAUAACCCUUAUAAUAUGAAUCUGAGCGAGUCCUUUACCAACCAGUCCAUCCAGUUUUAUGAAGCAAAGCCCACCAGGCUGCUGGAAACCAGUGAGGAAAACACACAGAUGAUCAACAGCUGGGUGGCAAAUAAGACCAACAAUAAGAUCCAACAUUUGGUUGACUCUGUAUCACCCAAUACACAGAUGAUGCUGCUCAACGCAGUCUCCUUUAGCGGUCAGUGGAAGGUCAAGUAUGAUAUGAAACCCCGGAAAGGACUUUUCACAAAACUGGAUGGUGAUAUGGUGUCGGUGCCAAUCCUCUAUCAUUCGCGAUACAUGGCAGCUACUAAGUAUGUAGUCGAGCUGAAGGCACACGUGGCGAGGUUGGCUCUCACGGGUGACAACAGUCUUUACAUCCUGCUGCCUCGCUCCAACAAAGUGAGUGACCUGCAGCAGUUGGAGGAGAAGAUGACGGACACAGCUGUGCGUCAAGUGAUUGAACAACUGAAAACAACAUCUCCUCAGCGUGUCGAGGUCACUCUGCCCAAAAUCAAGCUGCAGGUUGAGCCAGACAUGAACUUACUCAUUAAGAAAUUAGGACUGUCAUUACUCUUUGAGAAUCCCAACCUGUGUGGUCUCUACUCGGAAGACAGGAUAGCUUUGGAUGAUGCCAGACACAGAGCCUUCCUCGCACUGACUGAACAAGGAGUUGAGGCCGGGGCCGCCACCAGCAUGGCCUUCUCUCGUUCCUUCUCUUCCUUCUCUGCCCUGCGGCCUUUCAUCAUGCUGCUGUGGAGUGACCAGGCUAAUGUACCACUCUUUGUUGGCAGAGUGACCAACCCAUGAGAGAGAGAAACGGAGAGAGGGAGUGCAGAUGUAACAGAUGGGCAAAAGGGCAGGAAAGAAACAAAGAUAUUAUAAACAAAGCCCAUCUGGUAGAAUGGAAAAUACAUGUAAUAAUCUUACUGUGCUUUAACACUGUACAUUCAGUAUCAGUAUUGCUUCAGGUAGUUACUAAAGUGAGCAGUGACCCUCACAGAAACAUCCAGUUCUGAAUGUGGAUUGUUUUCAAGGAUGAUGAUGAAUAAACUCAUAUUAGCACAACA